UGUGGUCAAGAAACAAUAUCACCUCACGCGGUUUGGCUAUCCUGUUGCCUUCCGGUUACAAGGAUCAAUAUUCUUCCCCAACAUUUCUUUGGGAAACUGAGAGAGAUGGAGAUUUGGCAUCUGGUCAUCGUAGCGGUGACUGUGAUUGUCGACGGCCUUAAGCAACUCAUUUUUGAUGCUUUAUGGGGUUUUGUAUCGCCGAAAUUGGGGAGAUUGUGGCGACGGCUUGUCCAUCAAAACAAGCCACAGGCAGCUCCUGUUCUCCUCUUGGAUCAAGGGCCAGCGAUUCCAAGCGUGAUGAAACUAUUCCACAACGCAAAAGCCGUGCGCCUCCGCGGCAACCACAACAAGUACCUCUCCGCCGAGCAAGACGAAAUAUCGGUAACCCAAGACGAGAGCAGCUUUUCCAGAAACGUCCGCUGGACCGUCGAGUUCUCUUCCGAAUCCGAAAACAAAAUCCGUCUCAAGAGCUGCUGCUACGGCAAGUACCUCACCGCCUCCAACAAGCGCUUCCUCCUCGGCUUGACUGGCCGCAAAGUCCUCCAGAUGGCCGGCUGCCUCGACUCGUCGGUGGAGUGGGAGCCGAUACAGGAUUCAGGAAGGGAUCGGGUGAAGCUCAGGACGCAGGACGGGAACUUUUUGCGGGCCAAUGGCGGCGUUCCGCCAUGGCUUGAUUCGGUAACCCAUGAUGUUCCUUGGGUAUUACAGGAUUUGGUCCUUUGGGAUGUUGAUGUGGUUGAGAUUGUGUCGGAUCAGUCGCCGCAACCAAAACCGGAUUUUCAGUUGGAAUCGUUGGAGUUCGGGCCGAGCUCUGGGUCGAAUCAUCGGCAUAAGUCCCCCAUUUCACUAAGAGAAGAGAAUAGUGCAGAGAAUUCUCUCCACAGCUCCAACUCACAAAACAUCAUAGUUACAUCAAACAAGAAUCAAACCGUAAUGGAACGAUUCCACAACGCAAAAGCCGUGCGCCUCCGCAGCAACCACAAGAAGUUCCUCUCCGCCAAAGAAGACAAAAUAUCCGUAACCCAAGACAAGAGCGGCUCUUUAAAAAAUGCCUGCUGGACGGUCGAAUUCUCUUCUGAAUCCAAAAAUGAAAUCCGACUCAAGAGCUGCUACAGCAAGUACCUCACCGCCUCCAACAAGCGCUUCCUCCUUGGCAUGACCGGCCGCAAAGUCCUGCAGAUGGCCGGCUUCCUCGACUCGUCAGUGGAGUGGCAGCCGAUAUGUGGGAAGGGUAACUUAACACUCCCAAGUAUUAUACAAUAUUACACUUAAUCACCUAUAUGACCUCCACUCAUACAAUUAUUAGGGGUGGUUUGGCUUUAUUAAAUAAAUUUUCUUGACUUUGUUAGUUUCGCGACAAUAUUUUGUGGACUAUUGGUUUGUCUAAACAACACUAAUAUAGAAAAAGAAAAACUGCAAUCAAAAUUUUCCAAAACUUAGACUAAAGACAAAAAUAAUAAGACAAACUGACUUUUUGAACUAUUUUUAUCUUUACUGAAAUUUUUUUAAA